AUGGAAAAAGUUCGCGCGGAAACAAUUCGAGAAUUUAUCACAAUGUACCCUGGUAUCACAGUCGCUGAAUUCAUUGAGAAACUUCGAGAAAGGUGGACUGAGCAUGUUACCCAGAUUUUUGAUCGAGAAAUUAGUAUGGUUGUGAUGGAGUAUAGAGAGGCUAUGAAAAUGAUUGUUGCAGAAGUGAAAAAGGCUGAAAUUUCAUCAUAA